AUGGAAAGUGAAACUCGAAAUGCAGAUCAAAUUACGUCGAAAUGGCGAGAUAUUCGACUAAAAUGCACCGAGUUUGGAGGAAUCUACAACAACCUCCUAAACAUACGCAAAAGCGGCUCGAACGAUUUUGAUGUUUUCAAGGCGGCCAUGGACCAAUUUGAAAAAACAACGCCAACACGCAAAGCUUUUCCGUAUAUGAAACCGUGGCUAAAAUUGAAAGACGCCCCAAAAUGGAAAGAGCAAACGGAAGGAAGUUCCCAAUCUUCCGGUUCAAAGCGUUGGAGAAACCCCGAUGGAACUUCUCAACAAUCGGACGGCCGAACACACAUCAACGUCAACGACGAUCCGAUAGAUCUUGAAAACGACCAACCUCUUCGUCGGCUCGUUGGAAGAAAUAAAGCAAAAAAAGCGGCGUCAACAUCUUCGAAUUCUAGUGUUAAGGAUAUGUUUGGCGAUAAAUUUGAUUGA